AUCAUGUUUGCAUACCUAACAGGGCUACCAUUUCGUGGCACCCUUGAAAGGAUCUCAAGGCACCCCAGGGUGCCACGGCACCCGGGUUGAGAAUCUAGCGGUCUAUAUUUUUGUUUUCUCCAGUGGCAGAGUGUGAGUUUAAGGAGCUUGGAUUUGCUCUGCUGCUCCUGCUCUGAAUCAGGAAGCAAGGGCAGCAUUUCUAUGCUUUACCAGCAAUGUCUGGCCAGCUGAGAAUGACUUUGAUUUAGCCCUGACUUGGGUGAUUGUUCCUUGCACAGGAACUAAUAAGUUCCCAGAUGAGAGCCCUUGUGAUCAGGCAGCUGAAUUCCUGUACGUCAGUCUCCUGGGUGUAAAGUGGGACAAUGCUUACCUACCUCUUAGCACUGGGAGAUCGGGACUAAACGAUAUUUCAGGCCUCUUUUGCCUGGUCAGUCUCUGAGCUGCUGGGUCUCUGCUUAGCGGGAGGGAACAGGGGACACAGGGCAAAAGAACGUGUUUUGUGGUUUUAAACUGCCUGGUAAACUCCGGGGCAGGAGACUGUCUUCCAGUGCAUGAAACCCUGUGCUUUGAACAGGGUCCAAAGCAAGGGAUUCGAGCAGCGUGGGGGAGAUGUAGAUAUUAGUAGGGGUAGUAUGUGUCUGUACACACAGCGCAGGGGUGCGCACCCCAGAGAGGUGGUGCAAUCUCCAUCCUUGGAGGUUUUCAAGACCCGGCUAGACAAAGCCUAGGCUGGGAUGAUGUAGUUGGGGCUGGUCCUGCUUGGAGCAGGGGGUUGGACUAGAUGUGACCCCCUGAGGUCCCUUCAGCCCUCAUUGUCUGUGAUUCUGUGAUCUCAGCUGUCCAGGCCAGGAUAUCCCCAGGAGUAGGGUGUGCCAGCAAAUGUGCCAGCAGUGGCCUGCAGAUCUGUGCAGGGCAUUUCACCACGUGCUGUCUGCCUGCAGGUCGUACCUGUUCCCCCUCCAAGCAAAGCAGAUCAGAGCUGCUCCGUGUGUGCUUGGGGGAAGUUCAUGGUGGCCUUGAGGGCUCCAACUGGGCUGCAGGGCCAGCGAAGGGCCCAGUCACCAUAGCUGUGCCAUUUGGGGAGCCACUUGGUGAAGAAGAAAGCGGAGAAAGUGCCGGUUGGAUUACCUCCGUCCCAGUCUAAUCAUUUCCUAACUUGGAAAAUAAUCCCAGCUUGCUGUACUCCAUGAUUGCAUGUUGCUGAACCUCCAGCUGCUCUAGUUUUACUACUAGGGCUAGCGUUUAGCUCACCAUGCCAGGCUGCAUGGCUCUGCAAUGGGGAUCACUUGUCACACCCAGAGGCCAUGCGGAGCUUGCAUUGAGCUACUGGCUACCUGCUUUAAACUGCGAUUCUGCCUCUGCAUAAGAGACUGAGGCAGACCUCGGUGAGACGAAGGCUUGUAAACUCUCGCGGGAUUUUCCUGGGCUUCUGGAGAAAGAGAGUGCUUUGGAGAGCGAGAGCCUUAGAGAGAUCCAGGGAACGUAUCUCCAAUGCCUGUGCCACUUUGGAGACAGGCUACAGAUUUCUGUAGCAGUUUGAGAUUGACGGCUGUUAUCCCAAGGGCUAGAAGGAUGAAGAUUACUUGACUUUCUCUUGCCAGCGGGUUAUGGAAAAGACUGAGAUGGCUUCUUUCCUUUUGAGCGCAGAAGCAUCUGGGUGACGCCCUCCACGGGGUAUGUGUUUAGGUUCAGAAAGUGUUGAAGAAUAAAUCUGUAAUGACAGCGGCAUGGGAAAAAUCUGUGUAAAGACCACAGCAGAUUUAUUGUUUAGUGGCUUUGUUUAAAAUCUAUUCCAUUUUAAAGAAGACAUGCCAUUUACAGUGUUCACGUAGUACCUACUGCAAUUAGGCCUCAAUGCAAAGUGUCAGCAUCGUUGUAGUACAGAUGGCAGAGCUUUACUUUCAGUAUCCAUCCAGACCGUGGGUAGGAACCAUUAUUAAUUAGGGGGUUUAUUUAUAGUCGUUACGAAACAUUAACAAAACUGCAAGUUUCCUUAUGCAUCUGGCGUCCCUCUGUGCUAGAUCAGGCAACCUAGACACCAAGCAGAGCUAGCAUAAAAGAUGUAUAAGCUUUUUGUAAUAUGUUCCCAUUCUUCACGUGCAUGGGCUGUUUUUUAUAUACUCUGAUUACUCGCUAAUCCUGGUCUGUUCCUGUUGGCGAGAUGUGCGCGCACAUACAUCGAGCGAGCUGACCCCAUAAAAAAUAAAAAGGCAGACAAGCCAGCAGAGUCCUUCUUGGGGCUGCGUGCCUGCUUUGGGAGGUUUUCUGUGCGGAUCUAUUUGGCUUUGCAUGCCAAAGCCAUUAAGACUUUGUUCUCUCCCAGUUUGUUUGCAAGAACAUGAUCCAUCUGGUAGACGGUUCCUGUUGCAAACCAGCUGGAUGGUAAUUAAAUAGGAGGGUGCUUGAUCUCUGUGAAAGAAAGGGGCAAAAUGAAGCAAACACAGGAAGCUUGGAUGAGGGCCUAACCCUUUGGAAAGGCGUGUGUUGUGCGUCGAGCACCAUCCUCGGAGCUUUGCCCUCUUGAAUCAACUUGCUGAUAAAAUGAAGCCGUGCUUUAAGGUGAACUCAGUCACCGAUCAGAAGCGCUGCCGCACGGUUGUAUAACGAUUCAGGCCAGGAGGUGGAGAACAGGUGUUUUCUGAUUUGAAGCAGUAGCUGGGUAGGUAGAAUACAAUUAUCAGGUCAUAUUUUGCCAUGGCCUCCACAGGCUCUGCUUCUGAGCUCUGAUGUUGCUCUAAGCGGCAAGCUACAUUUUCCAUCAGCGACUCCUCCAUCAUGCCUCUUGCAGCAUUGCUCUUUCAGGUGAUGAAUGGUGAAGAAUUUGUCUGAAAUGUCAGGUGGCCGUGCUGAGCGGUGUCUAUUCAGAAGGGGUUGUCCUGCAUACACAGUACCACGGUCCAACUGCUUCCCUGUCCGCUGUGUUUCAUUUUCUAAACGGUGAAAGCGUUUGCAAUAGUAGUGUCGUAGCCGUGACGGCCCAGGGCUGGGGCGGGCAACUUGUGGCACGGGCAGCCUCCGUGUGUGGCACGUGGCAGAUCGGAGAGGGAACGACCCAGAGGGCUGAGAGCGGAAAGCAGAGUAAGAGAUCAGGCAGGGAGCACAGGGCUGGGAGCAGAAAGUUGAGCAGCAGAUCAGGAGAGGCAAAGGGAUUGGAGUGGCACUUGAGGAGGGCUUGGGGCUAGUUUUUAGCAACCUGCUAAAAAGGUUGGCCCCCACUGGCCCGGGGAAUAGCUGAGAGGCAAGAUUUGUGGGACAAGGUAACUGGACCAACUGGAUCGUUGGGGGAGGUGCUUGAUCAGCUUUGGGGCACCAAAUGCUCUUCCUCAGGGCUGGGAAAGUGGGUCGUAGGCUGGAUCUGUUUCCUUCCUAGCCCUGGGAAGGUGUUUUGUGUGCAUCUAACAUCUCUCCCAGCUAUAUAGUGUGUCUUUAAAAGGCUAGCCAUGCAGGAUGCCUAACUGACCACCACGGAGACUGGUUAUCUAUCCAAAGUAUCUGUACAGUGCUGGCUUCUGGCAAGGAGAACGUCUGUCCUGCCUGUUUCCCUGCAAUAGGUAAGCUCACGCAGGGCCCUCAGCUUUGAGCUGGCAGGAUCGUCCCAGGACCAAAGGGUAGGUUAGUGCCUAAGGCCCCUCUCCUGAGAGGGGCAACAAGGGUAUCACUCGUGGUUGUCCCAUUGUCCGCGUACCUGCUGGCCACUGGCCAGUGAUUUCUCACCCGAUUCUUCACAGUGGCCUUGCAGUGACUGCUACUUACUCUUGGGUGGGUUUACUUUGAUUUUCAUCAGCCCCUUUUCAGUUGCCGUUUUUCCAAGGAGAUUAAAAGGCUGUCUUUUCAACAGUUGUCUUCUGAGUAGAUCCCUUGGUCCCGGUCCAAGUGCCUUUGGCAGUAGACACUUACUCGAGGUCCUCUCUUGCAACACCCUGACUCAUCCCCGGGAUAUACCACGGAAGCUGGCAGGAAGCAGCUAAGGGCGGUGGCCUGAGAAAUGACAGCUUUCAAGAUCCUAAUCACAGGAGCAUGUGUUUGGUAAUGACCUUCGUUGGUCCCCUGAGUGAUCUCGUGGGGCAAUUACAGCCCCCUCCCCAAAACGUACAUGCAGGUUUGCCGUACAAGGAGAAAUCACGAGCUGUAUCUAGCAAGAGCAUGGAAGCGGCUGCCUUCAUGUGCUUCGUUGGCUAAAAAGACUUGGUCUGAUAAGUCAGAUGCAAAGGUAGCCUCCCUGAGCUUCCCCGCUGACUCACUUCCCUCUUGCCUGCUCCUGAUAUGUGCAAGAUGACCAGCAGCCCAUGGUCAGGCAGGUGGGCCUAAGCCCUCAAGGGUACAUGCUGCCCAAACAAAUCUCAAAGGAGCUCUCGCCUGCCCUGGUUUAAUGAGCACCUCGCGUUAGGGAAUAGCAGCGUUCAGGUUUUUAAUUUGUUUCUCUGUAUGUGAAAUUGCACACAGAUAAUUUGCAGCACAUCCGAGUCCCCAUUCCAUGGUUUGCAAAAGCUUAUGAAUGCUCCUGUCAUUUGGGGCCUGACCUGUUUUUCAAGGACUGGCAGAUUGGGUUUUUUUGUAAUGUAGAGAAGGGUCCUAUAGACCGAGGCUGAUAAAUUAGGCCAGGGCAGAACUUCACGGCUGUUGGGGUGAAAAAUCUUACUAGUACCUUAAAGGGUGAAGUUGUUGUAGUACAGCUGACACAUGCAAGGGGGAAGUGGUGUUAAAAGGCCUCAGGUGUGAGGGUAUUUCCAUCCACCCUGCUUUGCCUAUCUAGCUGCAAACUAGGGCCCGCUAGCAAGAGCCACCUAGCUGACUUCUCUCGACUUAGGGGCAGAGAGAAAGGCGCUCUCCUUCUCUGGUGGGUGGCAAAGCGAAGGAGAGCUCAGAAUUGUUCACCUGAGUUCUUCCCUUAAAGCUUUUUGUUCUCAUCAACAGCUUUAUUUUUUGCUCUUUUUCUGUACGAGUGUGUUUUGCAGAAGGAAACUGUGGUUAAUCCACUUCCGGCUCAUACUUUUGGCGAAGAGUGAAAUGACAGUUGCUCCUGGGCCCGCGGGUUGAUGCGACAGCCCUCUGACAGCCCAUUACAGCACAGUGACUAGCCACGCGGUUGGGGGGAACGAGGUAGAGAAGUGGCUGCAGCAACGUGUUUUGCUCUGCUCAUCCUAGCCGGGUUCGUACAUGGAGAACGAGCCUGGAAUCGUGUCCCCUUUCAAACGAGUCUUCUUGAAAGGCGAGAAGGGACGGGAUAAAAAGGCCCAGGAGAAGGUUACUGAGAGACGCCCGCUUCACACCGUCGUGCUGUCCUUGCCCGAUCGAGUUGAACCAGACAUACUGCUGAAUGACUACAUCGAAAAGGAAGUUAAGUAUUUAGGCCAAUUAACAUCUGUCCCUGGAUACCUGAAUCCCUCCAGUCGUACUGAAAUCCUUCAUUUAAUAGAUAAUGCCAAGAGAGCACAUCAGCUCCCAGGGCAGCUGACCCAGGAGCACGACGCAGUGAUUAGUCUGUCUGCCUACAACAUCAAGCUGGUGUGGAGGGAUGGAGAAGACAUCAUACUCAGGGUCCCCAUCCACGAUAUCGCAUCGGUGUCAUACAUCCGGGAUGACUCCUCCCACCUGGUGGUGCUGAAAACAGCUCAGGACCCUGGGAUUUCUCCAAGUCAGAGUCUCUGUGCCGAAAGCUCCAAAGCCCUCACAUCUGGGUCGCUGUCGGAGAGUGGAGUGGUACCUGUCGAAGCUUGCUGUUUGGUGGUCCUGGCUACAGAGAAUAAAGUAACCGCAGAGGAGCUCUGCUCACUGCUGAGCCAAGUCUUCCAGAUUGUUUACACUGAGUCCACCAUCGACUUCUUAGACAGAGCAAUAUUUGAUGGGGCCUCGACACCCACGCGGCACAUGUCCCUGCACAGCGAUGACUCUUCUACAAAAGUGGACAUUAAAGAAUCUUACGAAACAGAAGCAAGCACUUUUUCCUUCCCAGAGUCCUUGGAUACAGGGGGCAACUCCCCCACUUCCUUCUCAACACAGCCGUCUCCACACGUUAAGACAGUUAGCGAAAGUGAGCUGAGCACCACGGCGACGGAGCUGCUACAGGACUACAUGAUGACGCUAAGAACGAAGCUCUCGUCCCAAGAGAUCCAGCAGUUUGCAAUGCUUCUCCACGAGUAUCGCAACGGGGCUUCGAUCCACGAGUUCUGUAUCAACCUGAGACAGCUCUAUGGGGACAGCAGGAAAUUCUUGUUACUAGGCCUCAGACCGUUCAUUCCGGAAAAGGACAGCCAGCACUUUGAGAACUUCUUGGAGACCAUCGGCGUGAAGGACGGGCGCGGGAUCAUCACGGACAGCUUUGGGAGGUACAGGCGGACAAUGAGCACCACCUCCAACUCUACCACCAACGGCAACGGCGCCGCCGGCAGCUCAGACGACCAGUCUGUGCCCUCAGAGGAGGACGAGUGGGACCGGAUGAUCUCUCACAUCAGCAACGACAUUGAAGCCUUGGGGUGCAGCAUGGACCGUGACUCCUCUUGAGAGACAGCAGGGGGGAGGGAAGGGAAGAAGACAAGGCAGCUCCCUCUCCUGAGGCUGCGUCCUUCUCCCUUCCAUCCCCCUUACGGACCUCAGCAACACUCGCUACCGUCUUCCUGACCUUUCAUUCGGAAAGAGGUUCUCGGGAUGAACCGGGGCGUGAUUACCUGCUCCUCCCUCCCUGCCUUGGCAGUGGCUUCACUGGCCCCAGCAGGCACUUUUGGCUGGCAGCUGGUGUCCCUUUACUGUGAAGGCGUGUGUGUGCACGUGUGAGCAAGGAGCCUGGGCUGGGGGACAAGAUAUGGGUCCCUUCCUCAGACUUCUUGCAGCAGCCUCCGUGGCUUCGUUCCAUCUUUGCCGCCACCACGACGGUCCGAGGUGCCCGGGGGGGUGGGAAAGGGGCUUAUGCAGAGGAGAAGGAGCAUUGCGCUAGGAGCCUCUGGCCGGUUUCAGUUUUGCACACAAUAUUCCUCUUGUAACUCAGACUCUCUCUCUUUCUCUCUUUUUUUUUUUUUUAAAUGAAGUUUACUACAAUGUGAAUAAUUUAAAUAUUUGUCGGUGUCACCAGAACAUUUCUAGCCGAAGCUGCAAGGUUGCCUGUUGCAGCACCAAUGCAUUUGCUGGCCCGAGAGGGAGCUUUGCAAACACGACUGCCUUGCCCCGCCUUUGCAGUUGGCUGCCACGGACAACCUUGGCCGUUAUCCGUCUAGCGCUUAGGUUUGGGUGCGGCAUCUCAUACAGGUGAACGAUGGUGUGCUUGGCACCCUCCUUGCCCAAAACCUGGUGCUGAGGCCUGUCUUGCAGUCUGGUGUGGCUGGCAGCCGUUGCUUGGGAAAAGCAGCGAAGGGUGGAAGCACGUAGUUACCUCUUAGGAAGCUGCUGGUCAGGCCUGAUGUGUGUAGGUGUUGAGUGUAUGGGUGUGGGGGUGUGGGACCGUGUCCAGUUCUGCCAGCCCCCCAGUCUACACAAGCACAGCUGUUCACUCAGUCUCGAUGCCAGGCCAGUUCCCUGCUGCUCCCUCAAGGGUGCCAUGGUGCACGUAUGCCUCCGCAGCACCCCGUGCAUGGGAGAGCUUGCGCACCUCCUGCUGGGCUGGUUUGGAGGCAGUCAGAGUGCUGAAUAUAUGCAAGGUUCGACCCCGAAGAAGGGCAGGGAAUUUCCAAAGGGAUGUGACAUUGGCACGUUCAUCUGCUCAGGACUUCCACUGUAAAGACGCAGUAACCAGGAAAUCCUAAAUCUGGCUGAGGCUGAACCUCAGUGGCUCUUUUGGGGGGGGAUCUCUGUUCUGUUGGGAGGGCGAGAGUUGGCAGCAGGUCGAAGAACUCACGAAGUAAACUUUCUACAAAGCUAGCCAUGGGGUAUAUAAUGCAGUGUACACAUUGGACAUAUCAUACAUGCAAUUGUACUUAUUUUUUUAUCCGCGUGUCAUGCCAUAACGUCCGUACCGCCCGCUGCCAUGGAGCUGUGGAGGAGCACGGCGGCUGAGACGUUAGCCAUCACAUCCUGAAAGGCCCUAUCCGUUACAGCGCUCUGUGGGGGGAGCAGGCACUGCUCUCCUUGCUGUAACCAAAAGCUCUUCAGGGAUACAAGGUACCAGCCCCAGGAAGCUGGACCGAGCCAGCCUUUCUUUUCUCCUUUCAUAAAAGAGAAAUCCAGAGGGAAUUUCAGUGUGUCCUGAGCACAAAUGCCAACUGGCCUAGCGAGCCGUUCUCUUCCCCCAGAUCCUGGUGCUUCAAGGCCCUGGUUUUUCCCACCUGUUGCCAUUUGUAGUUUGUACACAUGGUGCUGCCGAGCUGACGCGCCGCAGCGGGAUUCCUCUCGCUGGACCUAAGGGAAGACGCCCAGAUGAGAGUUCAGGGUUCAGCUUGCUGCUCUUCUAACAGGUUUUCCUCGUCUUCGGUUGAAUUGGAAGAUAACGCUGCCAGCUCGCGAUGGGGCAACAGCUAAAGCUGAGCCAUGUUAAAAGGCCACGCAGAUUUCUUGGCGCUCUUUCGGACCCUCUACGUUUCGUUUUUUCCACGAGGAGCCAGCUCGAGCAUGAGCGGGACUGACACACGAGUUACUGCCUAGGAGUGGCCUCUCGAUGAGAGCAGAACUGGGCCCGGGAAAUCCAGGGACCCAACGGGCCGGUUUCUUAGGACAGGGAAUCUCGUGGCUUGGGUUAAAGACCCUUCAGCUGAGCAUGAGUUGCCAGUGCCGCAGUUUGAGUCCCCAAGUGUCUGGCCUUGCCUUGGGAGGAUCCUCGGGGAGGAUUUGUUGCUUCCUGCCUACCUGUGAUAAAUAGCCUGGGCAGCAGCCGAAGGAGCGGGAGAGGGGAACGCUUGCUGGCUGCCUUGCCAGGCGCUGGCGUCCUGUCCCUGGAAGCAUGUUCUUCGGAGCGCUGGACCUGUCCACAUUGCAGCAUCCCAGGUGGCUGCUGUCCUGGAGCCUUUUGCCUGCCGUUCACUGCUUCAUCUUACUGCUCCUCUGUAUCUCACCUCGCCCCCCGAAAACAUCUGAAGCUUCUUGACAUUUCUACCUCUCCGGCACCUAUCAGCAAUCGUGCGCCGCUUCCCCAGCCCCCUGUUCUUCAUUUAGCCAAGCUAUUUAUGUUAUUUUUCCCUCUAUAAAUCAAUCCCCUUGACCGCUUCUCUCCAUUUGAGCCUGCUUGCCGGGACCAGCUUUGUGGCCCCUGGCAUGGUGGAGCAUCUUCCUUGCACUUUCGAGGGGGCACAACAGGGGCUCUGAGGUCUGUGGCAAGGAGUCGGGGCCCAUAACAGGUCCUUGUCGCUCAUCUCCGGGUGUCUGUCACCGUUCCUGAACUUGGCUUGCAUCACAGCCAUGCCCGGUGAAGGAUGGUUUGUCUCGGCCCCCCACCCCAAACACGCCAGCUGUUCAUGCCAAGAAGAAGGGGAAGGGUGGGAACGGGCGUUCCGGUGGCAGACGUACUUCCCUUGCACCACAAUCAUCCUCUUACAUUAAAAGGAACGAGUGCAGUGUUCAUUUGUGUAUAUAUCGGUGCUUUUCCCCCCUCAAAUUUGUGCUUGGGGCGGGGAGGAAGUUGUUGACUGCGAAGUCACAGUGCAGCAUUCACUCUGCACAAACCAGGCUCGCUGGUCGACUUCUUGCACGGGUUGCCUUGCCCAGCAGUGGAGUGCAGGCCAUCCGCGGGGAGGAGAUCGGCUGGAUCGCCUGGAAUCGGAUGGUUAGACGCACGCCGUGGAGGCACCUGGGAAGGCGGUGGCAGGUGUACGAAGCAGGGACGGCCCCCACGGCCCUCCUUAGGGGAUGGUCAAGCACACAGCACGCUGGCCAUCUCCAUCGGGUCCAGUCUCUGAAGAGCUUCACCACGGCACUGCCCUCAAGGACACUUGCCAGGAGAUCUCCCAGCCCUGACUCGCUCUUUUGCAAAGUUGGUAAUAAAACUGCCGUGUCCCCACGCAGCGCGACGUUCACAUCCGCGAUGCCUCAGCAUAGCAGCCCGUCGUGGUAGUGUCAGCACAUCUUGAUACGACGUCCUGGUCGGAGCAAAGACGGGGCAGCAGGUCGGAGAUACCAGUGCUUGGGACGUAGAGUAUCCCGCAAGUCAAAUGCAUGGGAUGGAGGCAUGGAAAGCAAAGGGUGUCUCCUGUUGGAUGAAGCUAUCUGCACACUCCCAGAAAACCAGGCUCCUCUCUCCGUCUGUUGGUGCAGCGUUUUCCAAGAUCUUAUUUGGGAAGAGUAUCAACUGGGCCAAAUGUGUCCCUGGGGUAGCUCUGCAGCAUACUAAAAUCCAGGAUUUAGGCUGCCUUAUCCCAAGAGGAGAUGCUUUCCAAGUCGACGGUAACCAGAUGUCGAGAAGAAUCUAUAGCUUCUCGCAUGAUGCCUCAGAGGCGGGGGAAGAGGAAGAAAGCCUGUUACCUGCUGGUGCUCAGCACUUUCUCCCAGCACCGAGGGACUAAAGAGGGCAUUCUCCAAGUGUCAAGAGCAAGGUCCUCGAUGAAGAGGAUCCUGACGUAGCCAGUUGCAGCUGGCGCUGGCCAGGUGCUAACCUCCCACGAAAGCUGCAGGAGUUUCGUGGCUUUGGGUCCAGCCUGAGCUCGCACGUCGCUUCCCUGCCUCGAUAGAGAACCUGGGUUUCCGCUCUGCUGCCUGACUCCAGCGACGUGGAGGGAUGUGGUGGGUCCAGCCUGCGGCCCGUUUUCUCUGGACGACGGCCACAAGUAAUGUUUGCAUCCUGACUCGGCUUUGGGAGGAAGCUCUGAGAGCCCACGGCCUCGGGCUGUGCCGUGGGGACCUCACCGGAGUGGGGAAAGUCAGCCUGGGCUUCACCCCGUGAGGGAGGAGCAGGGCGGCACGGAUGGACGUGGUACCCCUGACCCAAAGGGCUGGCCGUGCUUCUCCACCCAUCGCUCGCUGCAUCCUGCUCUGCUGCUUCACCCCUCCGUUGGGAUUCCCCGCGGAUUCCUGCUUGGCGCCUCGCUGGCGGGGCCAGAGGGAUGGUGACUUGGACACGGCGCAGGCAACGACGGGGUCUCGGGCUAUGCAGGGGUCCUUGGUCUCCUUAACCCUCGUCAGGGCAGCCUGACCAAGCCUGCGCAGCCUGAGACCUCGACAGGUCCACACAGCCGCCAGAUCCUGCACGCUGGGCCCUGCAGGGCAGAACAAGGAUCCUUGCCCUCGAUCUGCAGGGGAAGAGGCUUGUCGCUGGUGCCGCUGUUGCAGACCUGGGGGUGAACUAGCCAUGUCACCUACUCCCUGCAGCCUGUCUGCGGGACCAAGGCCUCUGGCGGGCAUGUGGAGGGAAGAUCCCUAUCAAGGCCGCGCAGCACAAAGCCCAGCGGUACGUUGCUGUCACGAGGGGCGUCUCCCGGACCUGUGCCCAGCAUGGACUUCUGAGUGCCUUUUUGUACAGUCACGGUUACAACAGUCCUCGGAGGCUGGUGCGAAUCAAAGACCCUAUUUUUGAAACACUUGUACAGCGAGAUCUCUAGUAAGGGAGACCUAACAGCUGCAGUAUUUUUGUAUACGCCGUUUGGGGGGCACCGGGACUAAAUUGUGGCGCACAGCUGUGUUCUUCAUCAUCAUCAUCACUUUCGAUGGAGCAGGUGAGUGAGAAACGGGUGCUGGAGCCCGGAUCGGUCCCGAGUUGCCCUUAAGCACACCUCCCUCCUUCCCCCCCGGGUCUGCCGGGGAAAGACACGGCCCUUUCCUUGCUUGUGACAGGCUUUCAGGUGGUCCGAGCUACCAAAGAUCCCGUCGAGCUCAGCACGUCGACACGGGGAUGGUGCGUCUGGGUUGAGUUGUGAUGCUCUUUGCCUUGGUUUCACCCUGACGUUAUUUUGAUGCCGUUUGGGGUUUUGGGGUUUUUUUUGUAUGUCUGUAUGUACGUUUGCUUUAUGUAUGGAGUAUUUGUUACAGGUAAAUAUAAUUCUGCACCUGA